AGGCUGUUAGAUCCUGGAGGCCCGACAAAAAAAAGCCACAUGAUCCAUUUCCCACGUGACGUUUUCCGGUGCUUGGAAAGAAGAGGGUGCCAGCAGCCAGCCCUGCAAAACGUCAUCCCUUUCUCCAGCCGAGGGAAGAGGCACAUGCAAACAUCGCCCUCUCCGCCGGACAGAUGGCUCUGCCCAGGCAAGAGAGCAACAGUCAACAUGCUUCGUGGCUGCCACUAUGACGGGUGCCCGCCCAGAGGUGCUGUCUAGUGGGAUUCCGAGUAGAAAAAGGAACCGCAGCUCUCCUCGGACUGUGCUUGGGAGCAGAGCUCAAGAGGAAAACAUAACUAUGAUGUUUGCCCAUGGUAUGGAUAGUAGCAAAAGUGCUUUUGUUAUCCCAACAGUACUGCUACCACUACAGAACGACAGCCACUCUAACACCUCUAUGUCUCUGGCAAGCCAUGAGAUGGCAGAUUUCUCCCAGGAACACAGGUCAGAGAGGAACAGUACUGUCCUGCAGUAUGAACUGAGACCAGGGGAAAUAGUAGCAGCCAGCAUGGUUUUUGGAGCAUUAUGGUUGUUCUCUGUCUUUGGAAAUUCCCUCGUUUGCUUAGUGAUCCACAGGAGCAGGAGAACUCAGUCUACAACCAACUACUUUGUGGUCUCCAUGGCUUGUGCUGAUCUCCUCAUUAGCAUGGCAAGUGCUCCAUUUGUGCUGCUCCAGUUUAUGUCUGGCAGGUGGACCCUUGGAAGCAUCAUGUGCAAACUGGUGAGAUAUUUUCAGUAUCUCACCCCUGGAGUCCAGAUCUACGUGCUGCUCUCCAUCUGCGUAGACAGGUUCUACACAAUUGUCUACCCUUUGAGUUUCAAAGUAUCCAGAGAAAAAGCCAAGAAAAUGAUUGCAGCAUCUUGGAUCUUUGAUGCCGCUUUUGUAUCCCCAGCUUUCUUCUUCUAUGGCUCUAGUUGGGACAACCAUUGCAACUUUUUUCUCCCUUAUUCUUGGGAGGGAGCUGUCUAUAGCAUCAUCCACCUAUUAGUGAGUUUUUUGAUUCCAUCCAUUUUCAUCAUCCUGUUUUACCAAAAGGUCAUCAAAUACAUUUGGAGGAUAGGUACUGAUGGCAGAACAGUUAGGCGGACCAUGAAUAUAGUUCCAAGGACAAAAGUGAAAACCAUCAAGAUGUUCCUGAUGUUAAAUUUAGUAUUUCUACUAUCAUGGCUCCCUUUUUAUGUGGUGCAGCUGUGGCACCCACAGGAAACAGACUACAGAAAGAGUUCCUUGGUUUUUAUGGCUAUCACUUGGAUAUCCUUUAGUUCUUCAGCCUCUAAGCCCAUCCUGUACUCAGUGUAUAAUGCAAACUUCAGGAAAGGGAUGAAAGAAACAUUUUGCAUGUCCUCUAUGAAGUGCUAUCGAAGCAAUGCAUACACCAUCACCACCAGUUCCAGGAUAGCCAAAAAAAAUUAUGUCGGAAUCUCAGAAAUCCCUGCACCAACCAAAACUGUAACCAAAGACUCAAUCUAUGAUUCAUUUGACAGAGAAGCAAAGGAAAAAAAGCUUGCAUGGCCUAUUAAUUCAAACCCACCAAAUACAUUUGUCUAAUAGAUUUGAGUAAUUAUUAUGCACCACUAAAUGAAAGAGAUUUAUCUUUUUUGAACAGACAUAUUUACAUAUUUUUGCAUACAGUUUAAAGGGAGACAAAGAUUUGCUUUAUUUUAUUAAAUGCAUUGAUUUUCUUGUAUACUUGGUGGGGUGUUUUUUGUUUUUUUUAAUUUUCAUUACAGUCUGCUUUUUGGAACAAUUAUCUUAGAACCAUGAACAGUCUUUUUAAAAAGAUCACAUACUAUCUGCAUGUAAAUAAAAGAAAAAUGCUUUUUAAUAUUGCAUGUUGGCCACUGUGUACAUAAGUGUGUAAAGCUAAGUCCACACAGAUUUCCUCAGAGAUAAUGUUGGACUGGGUAUUGUCUCCUUGUGGAAAGCUUGUGGUGAGAUCUUCAGAAGUAGUCAACUUAGCUUAACUUUGCUCCAAUGGAAGUUAAUGGCAAAACUCACACUGACUUCUGUGAAGUAGAGCUAGCCCAGUACUAAAUGCUUUUGAAUAUCCCUCCACCUCUGAAGGGCUCCUGUUACAUUUUAUGCCUAAGAAAAUCUCUCUUUUGUCUUGCAUUGCAUUGACUUAUUAAUAUUUCUAUGAGCUAUUCCACCUUCCCUCCCUGAACACAUACAAACAUGUGAGUCUAUGAA